UCGCAGAGUUGUCAUGGCGUCUUUGGGAGCGAAGCUGCUGCUGCUGCAAUUGAGCUAAAAUCUGACGACAGGCUUCAACCCGAAAUGGAGAAUAAUGCAAACCCUCACCGGGACACUGACGGGGGCUCUUUGUGUGCCGCGAACGACGCGGGUGUGGACGACGUUGCUGUUGUCGGCGGGGAUAGAGGAGCCACGGAGAAAUGUAAGAAUAGUGAGGCUGCUCUCAGUACUUCGGUGGACGCUAGUAGUAAUAACACCACGGUUGAUGUUCCCGGUCUGCUGAACGUCAUCCCCAACGCUGGGAAGUUGGACCUACCGAACCCGAGCGAAGCCCUUCCGGUACGGGAGAGCGGAAAAGCCACCGAAGCGAGCGGGGAUGUGAUCAGUAACGGGAUGGGGAAUGGCUGUGUAGUGGCUGCAGGAGAUAACGAGGGUGGUGCCUCAAAGUUAGUAAACAACAAAAGCGACGACUCCACCGCAUCUCCAGCUGGAAACAGCUCUGGCGCUCCGGUGGACGUCCCUGCCUGUAAACAAAGUGGUGCCGCUAAACUUGCCAAACCGACCGAUCUGUGUCCGGACUCGACAAUCACAGCGGCACCAGCCAAGUCCCGCGAUCCAACCCCGUCGGAAGGCUUGCCGAGUGGGAGUGACCCCGAUCCCAGCCUCGGUGGGGAGUCACGUAGCCUGGAGUCACUCGAGUCUUUCUCCAACCUGAACUCCUGCCCUAGUUCCGACCUGAACAGCGAUGGUCUGGAGGACCGGGGGCUCGCACUUGCCCUGCAGAACGAGUACGAAGUGGAUGGAGCCAAGGCAGCGAGCAGCAAGGACCGGGCCGCUGGACAGUCCAUAUACCACAUCAAGUGGAUCAAGUGGAGGGAGGAGAACACACCCAUCAUCACCCAAAACGAGAACGGCCCGUGUCCACUCCUGGCUAUUAUGAAUGUGCUUUUGCUGGCGUGGAAGGUUAAGAUCCCCCCUAUGAUGGAAAUUAUUACGGUGGAGCAGCUAAUGGAAUAUCUUGGGGACUAUAUUCUGGAAACCAAACCAAAAGAGAUAUCGGAAACCCAGAGGCUAAACUAUGAGCAGAACAUGAGCGACGCCAUGGCGAUACUGCACAAGCUCCAAACUGGCCUGGAUGUCAACGUGAAGUUCACUGGGGUGCGGGUCUUUGAGUACACCCCAGAGUGCAUAGUUUUUGACCUGCUGGAUAUUCCUCUCUACCAUGGAUGGCUGGUUGACCCCCAGAUGCAGGACAUUGUCAAGGCAGUAGGCAACUGCAGCUACAAUCAGCUGGUGGAGAAGAUCAUCUCCUGCAAACAGUCGGACAACAGCGAGCUGGCAGGAGAAGGUCUGGUCGCAGAGCAGUUUCUGAGCAGCACUGCAACACAGCUAACGUACCACGGUUUAUGCGAACUCACUUCCACUGUGCAGGAGGGAGAACUCUGCGUGUUCUUCAGGAAUAACCACUUUAGCACCAUGAUUAAAUAUAAGGGCCAGCUGUACCUCUUGGUGACCGACCAAGGUUUCCUGACCGAAGAGAAAAUCGUUUGGGAGAGCCUUCACAAUGUUGACGGGGACGGCAAUUUCUGUGACUCUGAAUUUCGGUUAAGGCCCCCGUCCGAUCCAGAGACUGUGUACAGGGGACAGCAGGAUCAAAUAGACCAGGACUACCUGAUGGCGCUGUCGCUGCAGCAGGAGCAGCAGAGUCAGGACGUCCAGUGGGAGCAGCUUCCUGAGGGCAUGAGCGACAUGGAGCUGGCGAAAAAGCUCCAGGAAGAGGAGGACAGGCGAGCAUCCCAGUACUACCAGGAGCAGGAGCAGGCGGCAGCUGCAGUGGCUGCACAGGGGCACCAGGAGCCUGCUGCUGGGUACGAGGCCGCCCAGGCAGCAGCAGGAGCCGCCGGAGCUCCGUCCGGCUCCAGUGCGGCGGCUGCCAAUGCCACACCUAGCCCCGGGAAACAAUCUUCCAGCGGCGAUCGCAAGGCCAAGAAAGAGUCGAAGGAUAAAGACAAAUGUGUCAUUUUGUAACAUACGGCCGUCUGUCUGUGCGAGUGUGUCUUGUGUUAUCAGAAAAGUGGACGGCUCUUUUUUCCAUACGCCAAGCUGACUUAGAAAAACAAAAAAAAGAAGGGAAGAAGUCAUUUGAGGAAGGAUGCAAGGAUCUGCUGUUCCCAAACCACUGGUGCCUGCUAUCCUCUAUCCUCAGCGGAACCUGGACAUCAGAGGAAGGGACGUGACAACUACCCCUUAUCUUUGAUAAAGUUAUAACCAAACUUUCUUACAAGUUGCACAGUGCACUAUAUUUGUGAUGUGGGGGAGGUUUAUUAGGGCGGAAUCUUUUAUAGCAAAGGAGACGCACCAUGAAGGUCACACACACACACUUGCCAUGUUUCUGUUCAAAAAUGUUCUCAUUUCAUGUUUUUUUUUCUUUGUACGACUGCAACUUGUUUUGUAUCCAGCGUUAACAGAAGGCGUUUCUUUCAUUUUUGUAGCGUUGUUUGAUGCCAAGUCACUUUUUUACCCAUCUGUCUUUUUUUUUUUUAAAAGGGAUCCGUGUCCUUCAUAGCCGGACAGACAUUAUGUCUCAUCAGUUUCUGUUCCUCCGAGUCACGACGACCCUACGCACAUUUCAGAGUUUGUUGCCAGAUUGCUGACAGAUACCGUUGGUUUGUAAACAUGUGAGUCACUCCAUGUGACCGGUUCAGAUUUGCCUUACCAGAUAUGCGUGCUCUUCUUCAGUUUGAAUACGACUGAAUGUUGUUUUCUUCUCCGUGUCUGAAACACUAACUUACCACUGCUUCGGAAAUGAGCUACAUUUCAUGUAUUUUUCUAUUUAUCCCUCACCUCCACCAACAAGGGACGCUCCAUUUGAAGAGAGAUGCUUGGAAGCGUUGUUUUUCUUUGACUGGUUGUUCCCUUGCUGAGCUUGCAGUUCUCCGUUAUCAUGUCCUCAGAAUAUUUUCUUUUUUUUUGCUAAAUGAAGCUGCCACAUUUAAAGUCGUCUUCUACUUAUUUAAAUUAAAAAAAAGAAACUAAAGCUUUAUGGUGGAGCUCUUACCUCGAGGAAACUGACCUGAAAGAGGUGAAGUGGAGACCUUGUCGAGGCUAAAGCCUCCGUGCAAUUUCUUUCAAUCAUUUUCAGCUGAAUUUGACUCUUUAGCCCUCUUGUGUGAGUACUACAAAUCGAUGUACAUAGUCACCUCAUCCACUGUGGUUGUAUGUGGUUUGUGCUGUUGUGUGACAGAAGGUGAGACAAACCUUUCUAUCAAACAUUCCAGUUGGAUGCCUUGAUACCUAGUCUUUUCAAUAGCAAGGACAGUCUUGUCCUAAAGUGAGGAAAACCCACCUGAAAUUUCAAAAUGAAAACUGAAUGAUGAACAGCUCAACACUUCUUCUUUCAUCUUCUUUCUGGCUCCAAAAGCUGCAGCUUGACCGCGAGUCACUGGUGGAUGCGGAGACGGUCUCCAUGCUGGUUCAGGGUCAAGGUCAAGCUGAAGAUGUGGCUACUGUCGUGUGUGCAGUUGAGAACGAUGACCCGAGGCUUUCGGAUUGGAGUCGGCACUGAGUUUCCUCUAUUGCUCAUCUUCAUUUCACUUUCAUUCUUCUUGAUCUAGUCAGUUCCCCCCGACAGACGUCUCUAGCCUCCAACACCAAGUCUGUAGUGGACGUUUUUUUGAGGGCAUUUGCAUUUGGCCGACAUCCAUCUGCAUCUGCCAAUCCCAGGUUGUCUUUAAACCUACCACCCUGGUGCUCGUGCCCCCCCCCCCCUUGUCCUCUAGCGUUCCAGUUUUUUUUAGGGAUGGAAGGUCAUUGCAGAUGUCGCUGUUUCGGAUCCUUGUUCACCUGCUUCCUCCCGUUCGUGCUUCCUGGCCUGCGACACAGCAGUCAUUCCCCUGAAGAUGCCACAACACAGUCAGUUUUGUUGUGGCGCCUUAAGACUUUUCAUCUGCCAUGUAAAAGGAGAAGAAAGGGAAGAGGGGAAGAGACAGUCUCAAUCGCAGGCCACAAAAAAUGACAAGUUUUUACAAGCCCAGUGACGCCCCUCCUGCUUCCGGUGUUAUGAGAAGCUGAUGUUCUAAAACAAGUGUCACUUCAAACGGAUUACUUUUUAAUCCGAGCUACCUGCAGAUGAUUACCUUAAGACAAAAAAAGGAAAUUGGUUGGAAAGACAUUCUCAUUUCUUUCCUCACAUUUUGGUUGUGAACUUUGUUCACUCUAAAAUACAUGAAUCAGAGGAGCGUCUGUGUUGACUGGUAUCUUUGACGUGGUGGUGGGAGUCAAUGCUGUCAUGUUUGUAUGUCGAUGCAAUGGUUGUUGGACUGGGUAGCUGUUGUACUUGUGUUCUGCACUGUUAACAGUAAUGUGCACCUACGGAUAAGAUACAUACCUCAUUUUAUA